GCAGCCCCGCGCCCCGCAGCUGCGGCCCCCCGCACGGACUCGGUUUCUCCGAAGCGGCGAGAACCGAGGGACUACUUUGCGGUGGAACCGCGCAUGCGCGGGGCGGAAGAGCGAGGGCGCGGCGGAAGACGCGUGCGCUGCUGGUCCGCCGUGAGCGCGGGCGGUGCUGCGGCCGGUGCUGCGUCCCGGGGUGAGAUCGGUGCGCGCAGAGGCAGCGCGAGCGGAGCCGCGGGCGCCAUUUUGAAGCGGCGGUCGGGGGAGGUGACGAGCGUUCCGAGAGCCCGGCCCGGCCCCGCCACCGCCGCCCCGCGCCGCCCGCACCGCCCCGCGCCGCCGCAAACAUUGCCGACCUCGCCAUGUCCGGCGGCGGCGUCAUCCGCGGCCCGGCCGGCAACAACGACUGCCGCAUCUACGUGGGGAACCUGCCCCCCGACAUCCGCACCAAGGACAUCGAGGACGUGUUCUACAAGUACGGCGCCAUCCGCGACAUCGACUUGAAGAACCGCCGCGGGGGCCCGCCCUUCGCUUUCGUCGAGUUUGAGGACCCCAGGGACGCGGAGGACGCCGUCUACGGGCGGGACGGCUACGACUACGAUGGGUAUCGCCUCCGCGUGGAGUUCCCCCGGAGCGGCCGCGGCACCGGCAGAGGAGGCGGCGGCGGCGGGGGGGGAGGAGCCCCCCGGGGCAGGUACGGCCCCCCGUCCCGGCGCUCGGAGUACAGAGUGAUCGUCUCGGGGCUGCCUCCAAGUGGAAGUUGGCAGGAUUUAAAGGAUCACAUGCGUGAAGCAGGUGAUGUAUGUUAUGCUGAUGUUUUCCGAGAUGGCACUGGUGUCGUGGAGUUUGUGCGGAAGGAAGACAUGACCUACGCUGUGCGAAAGCUGGAUAACACUAAAUUUAGAUCUCACGAGGGAGAAACUGCCUACAUCCGUGUUAAAGUUGAUGGCCCAAGAAGCCCAAGCUAUGGAAGAUCUCGGUCCCGCAGCCGUAGUCGUAGCAGGAGCCGUAGUCGCAGCAACAGCAGAAGCCGCAGUUAUUCCCCAAGAAGAAGCAGAGGAUCUCCACGCUACUCUCCCCGCCACAGCAGAUCCCGAUCUCGUACAUAAACAUCACUCUAGCUCUGAUCUUUUUGUAGAACCCCAUGUUGUAUACAGUUUUCCUUUACUUAGUACAGUCUUUCAUUUAUUUUUUUUUAAAUUCCAACUGUUUUACUCGAA